AUGAUCAGACUGACUGGAGUCUUUCAAUCUGCAGCCAUCUCCCCAAGAGAAAAGUCAAAACGGCUUGAUGUUGAAUUUGAUCUUUUUCGAACUAACUUGGUUCUAACUAAAGAAGAGUUUGCAAUCAGUUUAGAUCUAAGCGAUGAUUCUUGUCAACCUAAGACAUUUGCCACACCAUCUUCACCUCAAUUGUUGACAAUGUUCAAGGAAAUGGGGUACACAUUUGAAGAAAACACUGAACCAAACCUUUCAAGAAUUAGGAAAGCUUGCCUUCCCACACCAUGGCACUUUCUCAGUUCCGUCCUCACUAGGUGUGUUUUCGGAUCAGUUGGUGGACACAUUCGUGGUAAAACAGAUCUUUGGGUUUUCAUGUAUGGGCUUUUUGAUGGCAUCAAUGUUGACUACACGUCUAUUCUUUGGGAAGACUUUCUUACCUUUCUCUUUGCCUCAAAGAAUAAGUUCCUGAUUCAUCAUCCUCGCUGGUGGUCUAUCAUUAUUCAUGAUGUCAUCAAUAAUAGGAAUCUUAGACCAGAAGGGACUCCAGAAGGCCCACAGCCACAAUUCUUGCGUAUGACACCAUAUAGGAUUCAUAUUGCAUCUGAUUUUGAGUUUUCACAUCCAAUCAUUAUUCCAUAUACUAUCUUAGCAAAGCUGGAUGAAAACAACGCCUCUCUAUGCUCAUAUCAAAGAUACAUCCAGGGAACUACUUCGUCUCCUAAAAAUAAGAAUGUCUUAGAUAAGACCAGAUCUCCUCCUAAAUAUGGUACAACCUCUAACCCAUUCUCUUUCUUAGACUCCUCGUUUCAGGCUCCAUAUGAUUAUGACGAACCAUCCUCCCUAACUCCAGUUUCACCAGCAGGCUUUCAGUCGGUUCUAGAAAGUCCAAGCAAUCGUGUCUCCUUGGAUUAUGACUCACUUCACGACGAUGACCAAGAUGGUGAAAAGAAAUUUGAACUUGAAGAUCUCCCUAAAAGCUUUCCAGUACAAUAUAAUCAAGAUAAGGAUACUCCAAUGCAAAUGGUAGACAUAGCUUCCAGUGAAGGACUGAUAGUUGAUGAUGAACCACACGACAUGUCAAUUGUCCUAUACUCCAAACCAUCUACCAGGACAUUCAACAUUGAUCUUGAUGAUUACUCUCCCUCACCUCAAAAAGAGUCUCAAGAACAUGAUGAUACUCAAAAAGUUAAGUUCUAUUCUUAUCCACGUGAUCCUUCUCCAGAUGAUGGUACUCCAACAGAUACAAAUGAAGCAAAUACAUCUGAACCUGAGACUGAACGUAUUAGACUAACUGCUCAGAUGGUAGCUGACGGUAUUGCGGAAAUUCUCUUACAUAAAUCUUCUCACUGUGAUAUGCACAACUUUCAAGGGUAUCUUGAACGUAUGGCAGACAAUGUGUGUAUCCUUAAUGAGACAACAGAAGCACAUAUGAAAAAACUUCAGGUCACCAUUAAAGACUUUGAAGGAACAACUUCAUAUAUCAAGGGACAAUUUAUUCAUAACAUGCGGCGGAUCGAAACUAUAGAUCAUAAAAUUCACAACACUAUUGAAGAUAGUCUAUCUACGAUGCAUCAGAAGAUAGAAAACUUUAUUCAGUCCUUAUCCAGUCUAGAGUCUGUCUAUGAAUCCAAAUUAGAUCAUCUGCAGAAUCAUAUCACUUCUCAAGACCGGUACACUUCCAUUGUUGAGAAGUCCAUUGCAGAACUAUCUAAAGCUUCCACAUCAACAUCCACCCCUCCCAUUCAAGCAUUUAGUGAGAAAGUUCAACGCCAAUUGGAUUCAUUACAAUCUGACAUUGCAAAUCUCUCAAAAUCAAAUUCCCAGAAAGACAAUAACUUAGGUGAAUAUCCUCUCUUCAGAAAACUGUUCAGUUGCUAG